AUCUCAAAUCGGGGCUCUACUACUUUCCCUGACAUCCCGUCCAGGAAAAUAAAUCAAGUCACGAUCACUUCACAGGCGGAGGAGACGACACACUGAAACGCGGAGAUGUUCCGUAACCAAUAUGACAACGAUGUGACAGUAUGGAGCCCACAGGGUCGUAUUCACCAGAUCGAGUAUGCCAUGGAGGCUGUGAAGCAAGGGUCUGCAACUGUAGGACUCAAAUCCCAAACUCAUGCAGUCCUGGUUGCACUAAAGAGAGCUCAGUCUGAACUGGCUGCCCACCAGAAGAAGAUCCUCCAUGUCGACAACCACGUUGGCAUCUCCAUCGCUGGACUGACGGCUGAUGCCAGACUGCUCUGUAACUUCAUGCGUCAGGAGUGCUUGGACUCAAGAUUUGUGUUUGACAGGCCCCUUCCCACAUCACGUCUCGUCUCUCUUAUUGGCAGCAAAACCCAAAUCCCCACACAGAGGUACGGGAGGAGGCCCUAUGGUGUUGGACUCCUCAUUGCUGGCUAUGAUGACAUGGGACCUCAUAUCUUCCAGACCUGCCCAUCAGCCAACUACUUUGACUGUAAAGCCAUGUCCAUCGGAGCACGCUCUCAGUCAGCUCGUACCUACCUGGAGAGAUGCAUGGACAAGUUCCCCGACUGUAAUCUAAAUGAGCUUGUGCAGCACGGCCUCCGUGCUCUCAGGGAAACCCUCCCCACCGAGCAGGACCUCACUACCAAGAAUGUUUCUAUCGGCAUCGUGGGGAAGGACAUGGAGUUCACCAUUUAUGAUGACGACGACGUCGCACCGUUCCUCGAAGGACUGGAAGAGAGGCCACAGAGAAAGGUCGCCCAGCCUGCAGAUGAACCAGCAGCCGGAGCAGCGCCCGACGAGCCGAUGGAGCACUGAGGUGGUCCCGUCAGUCACCUUCCUGUUUAUAAGAGGAGAGGGCGGGAACGAACCCCAGACCAACGCGACACUUAAUGCAACACAUCACAGUCACUGUCACAGGGGGAGUGUUGUUGUGUUGAUGUGCCACUUGCUAAACUGUUCAUCCCAAAUAUUCUCUGCUAACAUCAAACAUUGUGAUGUUGCUUUUGUAUGAGUAAAAUGUUCCAUUAUUCAAGUAAUAAACUCUUUUUUUGAA